AACCCUUCAAUUAAUCGCAGAGGAUGUUAGCACCGGGGAAUUAUGCUCAGAAUAAACCUAUCUGUAAGACCCACAGCUCGGGCAGUUUGGGGUCAAAGAUGGAAUCCUUCACACUCGAUAGCGACAAAAACUCGCCGCAUGACCUUGAACUGUCAUGGCUGCUGAACAACGCAGACGGCGGACUGGGAAACAGCGGGGGCUUCCCUGGGCAAGACAACAACACCUAUAACACGUACACAAACGCCCAGUCCAACAAUAGCAAUACCAACAACAACAACAACAUAAACAACAUCAGUAGCAGUGCUGCGAUAAACAUCAACAAUAGCGGCAGUCAAGGCAACAGUAAUGCGCUGGUCAGCAGCACGAGUAGCCAGCCCAACAUCGGCGGCGGUCACAUGGACCUGAACAUGCAGGCCAACGAUUUCAGCAUGGGCUUUGACCGCAGGAACCUCGACCUGAAUGAUAUGAAUGCUAAUAACAGUCACAACAACAAUAACGGGAUGAAUACCGGUUCGUUUGGGAACGGGAUGACGGGGAUGGGCAAGCCCUCACCACGCGAUGGCGAGGGUCUGCAAAGGGGUAUGAUGCCGGGGGUUGGGAGUAUGGGUUCAAAUCGGUCCGCUUUCAACCGGCCCAGGUGCAAGAGUGCGGGGUCCGUAGGAGAUCCUUCGCGGAAUAGGGACUUUAGUAGCCGGCAUGGGAUGCUGCCCACGAUAUCGUCACAACUCGAGGAUAGCGUGCUGCUGAAUAGCGGGUCCAAAAAACGGGCCGAACUUAGGAGGCUCGGGCAAUGGGGCAGGCGGAAUGGAGCUGUUCCUUCAGAGCUGUCCGUGUGCGGGAUAGUGCCAUGAGAUCGACACGCCCUCAUGCCAAGGGCACAUGCACGCAUACGUUACUUAUCUGUAGUUCAGCCCUAUCUACCGGAUUGGUAUGGGUUGGUUCAGGAGACAUGUCGGUAUGUGGGGUCGCGCGUUUGGGGCAUAGGAGUGGAGUGCCGGGUGGUGGUGCAAUUCCCAACAAUUAAAUAAACAGGAAGCUAGUACGCUACGCGCAGGCUUUCGUAUGUCCCUAUGUGCUGCCUCUACUGCAAUACGGCCGAGGCUUAACUAGCCUGCUCUGGCCAGAUGUCCCAUACUUUGGGAGAUGUCAUUCGAGAGAGGAGUUUGGAGGUACAUGUAUUCACAAAC